UGACUCCCAUUUUAAUUAAAGGAGGCUCUUGAACUGUGACUCCUGGACAACCCCCCUUCACAAGGAAGUAAAGACUCGGAUGAGCGCUCCUAUUGUCAUUCUUGUUGAGCUCACCGAGUAGACUACUUGCAUAUUCCACAUUCUAUCAGUUUACCAAUUCUUUAAAAAAAUCAGUGUUUGUAGCCUACAUAGCCUGCUCUGUGAAACUAAUGUUCAGCAUUCCGCUAUGUUAAAUAUAUUAUGCUAUGUAUUGUGACAUUAGACUAAUGUAAGUGAUCGUAGUGAAAACAUUAUUUGACCGCUACCUAAGGCAGUUCUAAAGCGAUGCCUGGGAACUGACAUGGUUUCAGCUAGGUCCUAUCACUGAGCUCUCUUACCCCCAGCACCACUGGGCUUCGGUGCGGUAGAGGUACCCAUAGAUACAGAGUGGGGAGGCACGGCGCUUCGUCUUUUAGGCUACUUAUCUUUAUUGGUUUGAGAUAUUUGAUAACUUUCCUCUCGGACAACGAUCACAUGGGCUUUACAACAAGGAGCGCGGAGAAGUUUGAGAACAACUGCAUGCUGACACUGAGCAAACGCGAACAUAGAUUCGUCAUGUCCACCAGCCCAACGUGUUCGGUCUACCCACCAGUGAUGUUUAUAACCAGGUUUGACUCUGGCAAAAGUGUGUCUUCUACGUUCUAAGAGGACCUUUUCGUAUUUUCCUGAACUUUGCCAACUUGAGAAUGAGUGGCUUUCGUAGAUUCCUAAGGCGACGUGUACACCCAUGGAAGCUGGCCAUUGUUGCCCUGGUCUUUGUCACAUUUCUGUUGCUAAUCCAACGGGAGGUGGUCAGCCAAGGUCCUCAGGAGGAGCCAUGGCUGAAAGAGAUUGUGGUCAAGCGGGACGCUGUGCUGGGAAUGGUCAUGGGGGCGGUCAAUAACUUCAGGGACUCCAUGCCAAAGAUGCAGAUCAAAGCUCCCGUCCAUCAGCCUGAGGUACGUGGUGAGCAGUCGUGUUUGCCUGGGUACUACACUGCAGCUGAGCUCAGGCCGGCCCUCGAGCGCCCGCCCCAAGACCCCAGUGCACCCGGAGCAUCGGGGAAACCCUUCCACACGGAGAACCUGGGGCCAGUCGAAAUAAAGGAGAAAGAAAAGGGUGAGGCGAAGCACUGCUUCAACCUGUACGCCAGUGAUCGCAUCUCCCUCAGUCGAGACCUUGGACCAGACACCAGACCUCCAGAGUGUAUCGAGCAGAAGUUCAAGCGCUGCCCCCCGCUGAUGACCACCAGCGUGAUCAUUGUUUUCCACAACGAGGCCUGGAGCACACUGCUGAGGACCGUCUACAGCGUGCUCCACUCCUCGCCGGCCAUCUUCCUCAAGGAGAUCAUCCUGGUGGACGACGCCAGCGAGGACGAGAGGCUGAAGGAGGAUCUGGAUGAGUAUCUGAAGAGGCUGCACAUCGUGCACGUGGUGCGUCAGCUCGAGAGGAAGGGCCUGAUCACGGCCCGACUGCUGGGAGCGUCAGUGGCCACCGGGGACGUUCUCACCUUCCUAGACGCCCACUGUGAGUGCUUCCAUGGCUGGCUGGAGCCUUUGCUGGCCAGGAUAGCGGAGAACUACACGGCUGUGGUGAGCCCUGACAUCACCACCAUCCAUCUGGACACGUUUGAGUUUGUAAAGCCUUCACCAUACGGGCAGAACCACAACCGAGGAAACUUUGACUGGGGGUUGUCCUUUGGCUGGGAGACCUUACCUGACCACGAGAAACAGAGGCGAAAAGAUGAGACGUAUCCCAUCAGAACACCAACAUUUGCUGGAGGGCUGUUUUCCAUCUCAAAGGACUACUUCUACCACAUUGGGAGUUAUGAUGAGGAGAUGGAAAUCUGGGGAGGUGAAAAUAUUGAGAUGUCCUUCAGGGUGUGGCAGUGUGGUGGCCAGCUGGAGAUCAUCCCCUGCUCCAUCGUGGGCCACGUCUUCCGCACCAAGAGCCCCCACACCUUCCCCAAGGGCACCCAGGUCAUCGCCCGCAACCAGGUGCGUCUGGCCGAGGUCUGGAUGGACAGCUACAAGGAAAUCUUCUACCGGAGGAACCAGCAGGCUGCCCAGAUGGCCAGGGAGAAGUCGUUUGGCGAUGUCUCGCGCCGCGUGGACCUCCGGGAGAGACUGCAGUGUAAGAGCUUCUCCUGGUAUUUGAAGCACGUCUACCCCGAGGUGUUCAUGCCCGAUCUCAAUCCCCUUCAGUUUGGCGCAGUGAAGAAUGUGGGCAAAGAUGCCUGUCUGGAUGCCGGAGAGAACAAUGAGGGAGGCAAGCAGCUGAUCAUGUACCCCUGCCACGGCAUGGGGGGCAACCAGUACUUUGAGUUCUCAACACGUCACGAGGUCCGGCACAAUGUUCAGAAGGAGUUGUGUUUGCAUGGGACGGAGCGCACAGUCAAGCUGGAGGAGUGCCAGUUCAAAGGUCACAGCACAUUUGUGGGAGGAGAGCAGAAGUGGGAAUUAAAGGAGAAUCAGAUGUUUUUCAACUCUGGGUGGAACCUGUGUUUAAGCGCUAGAUAUGAACAUCCCUCUCUAGUGCCCUGCAAUGCUGCGGACCGAUACCAGCAGUGGCUCUUCACCUGAACCCUGUGGAGAUCUCUGAACAUUUGAACUGUAGAUUCAGAUUUUUAAUUUAUUUUUUUUAUAUAUAUUGAAUAAUUGCUGCUGGGAGUGUGGAACCUACAAAAACACCAAUAUGAAAACAGAAAAUGCCUUCAAGGAGGAUGCACACAGUGUAUGCUGGAACAGAACUGGGCUAGACUGAAGCCUGAUUUUAUUUUUCCUCUUUUGUGCGCUCUUUUUUUUUAUUUUUUAUUUUUUUUACCAUUUUGUACAUUGGGAAGCAAAUUGUUUAUAAUGAAGUUCACAAAGUCUUAGAAGAUUUUCAUCAGUUUCAUCUAAACUCCUAUCAUUUCAGUAGGGUGCUCCACUUUCUUUAUGCUUGAAGAUGUGUCCUACAGGUUUCAGUCAGUCAACUUUGGGAGAUGCCCCUUGUUUUGUUUUUAAGACUGAAUACAUUCUUUGUAGACUACAAACUUUUAAGGGUAGGGAAUCUCCAAUUGAAACUAUGUUAUACUAUUUUGUGCAAAGCACCAAAGAUCGCUUUUAAGUGUUGAUAAAAUAACAUUUAAUUUCAACAUUGUUUAGAUAUGUCAGUGGCAGAUGGUACAUCUUGUCAAAACAUUUCCUUGGUGGUUCUGUAAGAUAAAUGAUGUGGUAUGAGUUUACCAUGAUGUGGACCCUCAUGCAGUGUCCAGUUUACAGUGUAGAUUUUGCUAAUUCACUCAUUGUUCCCUUUUUCAUUUCGGAGGGUGGGUGAUAUGUGAAAAGUUUUUUUUUUGUUUGUCUGUCAGCUUGAGAUUUUAGUAAAUUUUUUAAGGAAAAAUGUU